AUGUCCACGGCACUGGCAAACACAAAGGAUCUCAACCCGGUCAAAAUGGCCCAGAUGCUGGAGACCACCAGUUUUGAGGAAAUGUUUCGCAAGGUCACCGUCUCCCUUAGGAGUUCCUGUCUACUGCAAUCUAAUCUAUCCGUCGCAAACCCCCCGCGUGUAAAGGUGACCAUGUCCUCUGACCGCACCGUCUACGCCUAUUCAGUAUCUAUCCUCUGGUCCGCAUACGGCAUUUUCAUCGGCGCGACUUUGAGCAUGCCCUCAUGGACAUGUUUGCCUUCAUGCUGA